UGAUAUUAAAACGAUGAUUUAAAAAUUGACCGUGAAAGUUCAUUCUAGGUCUAGGACAACUUGAACCAAACAAAAUUUUUUGAUAAAUAAUCAAUGUUUGUUCGAAGAUGUGGUUAGUAGUGCUUCUUUCAAUAUUCGGUUGUAUACUCAGUAUUGUAGUACUUUUUCUAUUUCUGUUGUGGUUAUAUGUACACUUUGAGUAUGUUGCUUGUACUAGUGAUGUUUGUUUAGUGGGAAAAACGGCAUUAGUUACAGGUGGAAGUAAAGGCAUAGGAUAUGACAUAGUUUUACAACUCGCCUCUAGGGGCUGCAAAGUUAUCAUAGCCAGCAGAACAAUAGAUGAAAAGCUGAGGCAACAGAUUAUAUGGGAAACCAAUAACCCGAAUAUAGUACUGGAACAUGUUAAUAUGAGCUCCUUUAAAUCAGUACGUCAACUUGCAAGUAGGUUAAACGAGUCGGAAUCAAAAUUAGAUAUAUUAAUUAAUAAUGCUGGGAUUCCACAAUGUUUAGACGUUCCUACAGAGGACGGGUUGAAUGAAACCAUGCAGGUUAACCAUUUUAGCGCGUUUCUGCUAACUCAUCUACUUGUGGAUCUUUUGAAAAAGUCAGCAGGCGCUCGAGUAAUUUUCACAGGAUCAUUUUUGUCUUAUUUUCACAUGAUGUCAAGGGUAUCUGUAAGAGAUUUUAAAAUUGAGAAUGCUAUGUUUAGAAUCUUUGACUACCCUAAUUCCAAAUUCUGUAAUAUAAUAAGCGCAGACAUGUUUGCAGUUAAACUCAAACGAUGGAAUAUUACUUGUAACAGUUACCAGCCUGGAAUAGUAAAAACAGAGAUAUUUAAUACGGCUGAAAAGGAAUUGAAGAGUUUAUUCGAUAUUUUGCUAUUUUAUUCCACAAUAUACCUAUUCGCGAAAUUUGGUGUGAAAACAAGAGUCACCUCGCAGGGCGCCGUUCAAAUAGCCACAUCCAAAGAGUUUGAGAAUGUAACAGGAAAUUUUGUUGGUAGAUAUUUUAAUAACGUACGACCUAGGGCAGCUUAUGAUGCAGAAUUUUGUCAAGCUAUCUGGAGGGCGUCAGAAGAGAUGGUGAGGCUGAAUCCAGAGGAAAAACUAGAUUAUUCUCAUAAACAGUGAUUUUUUUAAAACAAUUUAGUAAAAAAUUAUAUUUUAA